AUGGAGUCACAAAAGUUGGUGCUACAACAGUUGAAGACGUUUAUUGAAGAGUCAGAGUGUAGAUUGAAUUCCAUUCUCAAUAAACUGAACUGGAACAAAGAGAGCAUGCAAAUAUCGAACAGUCUAGGAGAUAAUGGCUGUAUUAAAUACUCUUCGUAGGAUUCGGAUGAGUUUCCACAGUCGUUUCAAUCAACUGAAAGCCCCUGCACGAUUAAACUGGAUAACAUCAAACAAGCCGAAGCAAUACUUGAGGAGGUGUACCAAAACCCGUCCUUUAAUUUAGGCGUUCCUUUGGAAGAAAUCGAAUACCGCAAACCACCGUCAAACUUAGAAGAUCUACAAGUAAAUUUUUCCCGGGAAGAGCGUUUGGCACUGCAUCACCAUGUGCUGAAAAAAACCACAGGACCGCCAGAAGUGCCGGAUAUAAAAAUACGUUUCAAAUGGAACAAGCAUGCUGAGGAAAAACCAGCAACCCUUGCCGAAAUAGCUGCACUCGAAAGAGAUGGCCGUCGACGAAACCCCAAACAUAGGGUAUCACGAAAUCCAUUGACUUACAGGGAAGAAUUGAGACAGUUAAUCAAUGUUCAAACGGAAGCUUUGGCUCAGCAUUUACAUAAAAAAUAUAGCAAUGAAGCUAAAUCAGGUAGCUGCUCAAAGGUGAAAUCCAAACACCGGCGCAGUUCCCAUUCAGAUUUUGGAGAUGAGGAGAGUAGCCAUAAGAGAAAAAAACGACACAGAAGUCGAUCCCGUACCAAAGAACGAUAUCGCGAACGUUCGUCGUCUAAUGAGCGGCAGCGCAGAAAAUCGCAAAAGAAGCACAAGAAAAAAUACCGAUAA